GAGGCAACAAAAGUGGAAAUUAAAAUAUUUUAUUUACAUUGUUAUUUUAUUUAAAGCUCUUGAGAUUUACAUCUUUUUCUUCUGGCAUUUAACUAAGCCUCCCAAAAAACGGGACACACAUUUCUGCGGGGUUGCGGAAUGCGUCGCUACACCUGUAAACAUUCGGAGCUCGCGGUGUUUUCACUGCCGAGCCCUCACUUCCUGGUCGGCGGGGCAGCGCCUCGCCUCGCCUCGGUGCUGUCGUAGCGAGUGUCAGAGGGGGUGGAGGCGGCUGUUGGAGGUCUGCUGUCGCUCGCUCGCUUUGGCACGUUUACUAUUCGUGCUGCUUUUUCACACGGACAAACAUGGGCAGCACGGUGAUGGAGUCCAGCAAGCAGAGCUCCAAGAAGACCCCAAAGAGGAGAAGAAGUCUGCGGAUUAACAUGCCAGACUUUGGUGCGUUUACUGCCUCCCAAGUGGAAACCGGUUCUUCCUCCAAAAGCGGCACACAGACGGGAGAGCGUCUGAUCCGAUCGGCCAGCCCCACCAAAGGAGGUUUUGCCAAGAGCCCCGUCAGCGUGCCCACGACGCCGCUCUCCGCUCCGGCACAAUCCAGACCCAUUUCCACCUCGCCCAAAACCAUCUUUCCCUAUCCGUCCAAUCAGAACUCCUCGCCAAAGUCUCCCCGCCGCCUGAGCUUCAGUGGAAUCUUCCGGUCCAAUUCGACAGCUGCGAGCAAGAUCUUCUCCAGACACAGGAAGGCGUCUGGACACUCUACGCCCCCCACCACCCCAGUUCAGGCAUCCAGUCAGCCGGUGUUCCCCCAGGAGGCCCAGCAAAGCGCCACCAGCCAUGAGAGCCUGGAGUCGGGCCCUCGGGUUCGAUCCUCAACCCUGGACACGGGACAGCGUGUCAGUCUUCCCUCUGCAAGACCCCCCUUCUCUUCAGCAACCCCAAUGCCCCCCUAUUCUACCUCACAACAUGUCUGCGGCUUUUUUGAAGGUAUGCUGGAGAAACUUGAACUAGAUGAUGACGCUGCUGAACCUGAGAGUGAUAUUUACAUGCGCUUUAUGAAAUCCCACAAGUGCUAUGACAUCGUCCCCACGAGCUCCAAGCUGGUUGUUUUUGACACGGCACUCCAAGUUAAAAAAGCUUUUUUUGCAUUGGUGGCCAACGGCGUGCGAGCUGCUCCACUGUGGGACACAGAGAAGCAAAGCUUUGUGGGUAUGCUGACAAUCACAGAUUUCAUCAUCAUACUGCACAGAUACUAUAAGUCACCUAUGGUGCAAAUUUAUGAGUUGGAGGAACACAAGCUUGAGACCUGGAGAGAAGUUUACCUUCAAGCGACCUUCAAACCGUUGGUUAACAUAUCACCAGAUGCAAGCCUUUUUGAUGCAGUCUACACCCUCAUCAAAAACAAAAUUCACCGUCUGCCUGUCAUUGACCCUGUCACAGGGAAUGCACUUUAUAUUCUUACACACAAGAGGAUCCUCAAGUUCCUGCAACUGUUUAUGUGUGAAAUGCCAAAGCCAGCUUUCAUGAAGCAGACUCUAGGUGAGCUGGGCAUCGGUACGUACCACGACAUCGCCUACAUUCACCCAGACACCCCCAUCAUCAAAGCGCUUAACAUCUUCGUGGAGAAACGCGUAUCGGCUUUACCUGUGGUGGAUGAUUCAGGCACAGUUGUGGACAUUUAUUCAAAGUUUGAUGUGAUUAACUUAGCUGCGGAGAAGACCUACAAUAACCUGGACAUAACGGUGACGCAGGCUCUGAAGCAUCGCUCCCAGUACUUUGAAGGUGUUGUGAAGUGCCAUAAAAUGGAAACAAUGGAAGCUAUUGUGGACAGAAUAGUCAAGGCUGAAGUGCAUCGGCUGGUUGUGGUGGACGAACGCUCCGGUAUCCAGGGCAUCGUUUCUCUGUCGGACAUCCUCCAGGCUCUGGUGCUCAGCCCUGCAGAUAUCAAUAAAGAGGAGAACGUGACUGAAUGAGGAGGCGUGGCUUCAUUUUACCUGGUCGAGUCGGUGAACUCGGAGGCUGAGCGGAGCCGCGCGGAGGUCCCGCUGACCACCAGAGGGCGGCAGAGCUGCUGGAGAGCUGCACAGACACGUGACGCCGACCUCUGCAGCGACCUCUGUUUGAACAAACACGCACACAUUUAAUUAAAAAUGCAGUAAAAUUACAAAAAGUACACGCUGAUGGUCCGACGAUGAUGAUUAGAGAUGGUAAACAGAGCGACACUAUUCACAGUAACCGUCAUUAAAGACGCAAUAUUGAUUGGUGCUCAGUCUUUAUUGUCGCUCUUUCAUUAAAACAGCUUUAAAUUAAAGUUUUCUGAGGAGAUGAUCGAACUGGACGGCGGUUUUUACUCUCCACUCCUGAGUUUUUCUUUUUUUGUGAUUUCAAAGGGUUAAAAAUCAAGGACUUGUAUUGGUUCUGACGAGCAGCGCUCAGGGGAAGGAAGGAGGAGUUUUAAAAACAGAUUCUUUUAUCUAAGAGCAAAGGUUGCGUUCUCACAGAUUUUUGUGUUUUCCAGUCACUGUGACUGCACAAAGUGUUUUUUUUUUUUUCUUUUGUGAUGAGAUAUAGAUUUUUUUUAAAGAGGUAUAAGACAUUUCUACCUUUAUUUUCUGUGGUUUUCAUGCUUCAAUUCUGACGCUCCAACAUUAAAGUCCUUUCAGCUCAUCUCAGUCAAAGCGUCACUGAAAGGCUUAUUUUUAUGAAAGUGUGAAUAUGUUCAAAGAGACUGCGGUUUAAAGUUAUUUUUGUAAAUAUAUUGUGGCAAUACUUGUAGUUAAGUGAUACUUUCUAUCAGAUCGACGUGUACUGUAAAUGUGCAAGCAUGAAAAGCUAAACUUCAGCAGAAUGAAUGUUCAUUUUGUUUUACUUUUUCUAUUUUUUCUGGCUGCAGAGAAAUAAAGACACUGAAUGUA